UCACGGACUUUUUCGGGGCGCCAAAGCGCGCAAGACCGGCCUAGUCAAGCCUCCGUCACAUUAAAUAUCAACUCUGCAUCAAGUCAAAUGUCCCUCCACAUCCCCGUCGCUGAAACCCCAUCGGGCAAGCUCGUUGUACCAUCGUGCUCCAAGGCCGAGGGACCUUUCAAGUGCCUGGAGUGUGCCGGAGCGUUGGUGCUUAAGCAAGGCACACUCACACACUCACCGUUGGAAGUGCGCCACCGCAGACGUGAUCGCCAGCAGUUCGAGCUAUCCCCGUGCAAGACGAAGCUCACCGUGACUGAGGAGCUACGUGGUGGCGGUGAAGCGACAACAAGCGCCAGGGUCCGGCUGCAUCACGAGUACAACCGCGCAUCUGCGAACUGCCAAUCGAUGCCCGCUUCUGCCAUAAUGUCGACGGACCGUGACGCAUUGGUUGCCCUUUACGACGCGACCGACGGGGCGAAUUGGAAGAGCAAGCAAAACUGGAAUACUGAUUUACCGCUAGGGCGAUGGCGCGGAGUCGAAGCCAACGACCAGGGCCGCGUGGUGGGACUUGAUCUGCCCGACAACAAGCUGCACGGCCACAUCCCAUCGGACCUGGGGCACCUUUCAGCACUUCAAAAGCUCAACCUCUUGUCGAACCAGCUGAUCGGUGAGUGA